AUCCACAUCGUCCAUCUCAGCCCCGAGAGAUGGCCCAGAAAAAUUAGACCUUAUUAGAUUUGAGAAAGAAGAAACCUUUCUUCUCUGUUUGUUUAUCCGCACACCAUUUCUCUCUUUCUCUGUCUGCAUAUAUAUGGUUUUAGACAUGUAAGCGAAAAUUUCCAUUUCCAUACAUGCAAAAAUUUCCCAAAGCAAACCAGUUUCUUGAGUAGUAGUCCGUAGUCUUCUUCAAUCAAAUCUUCGAUAAAUACUCGGCCACUCCGCUAUUUCUCCACCUUCAACUUACUUCGCUCUGUAACCGUUUCUUGAUUCUCCUCCCCACUGACGAAUAACAGAAAUCUUUGCAGGUUUUGGCUUGGAAUUGCGAUCUCCAGUAACUUUCCCAGACUUCUCCGUUUCCGGGAACUAUCGGGGAAUUUUUUAUUGCGAUUGUGUUUGAAUCGGGAUAAGAACAAUGCCGUCUAUCUGGGAAUCAUUGUCGAGCUGCUGGAAGCCAUUGAAGAGAUAUACGCGAGUGAGCAGGGAUGAAAGCAGCAGGAGUAUACGCAGAGAAGACGACGAGCUUCUCUGGUACAGAGACCUCGAGAAACACCAUUUCGGGGACUACUCCUUCGCCGUCGUUCAGGCCAAUAAUAUGAUUGAGGAUUACAGUCAGGUCGACGCCGGACCGGAAGCAACCUUCGUCGGAGUAUACGACGGCCAUGGCGGGGCUGAGGCAGCCAACUUCAUCUGCAAUAACCUUCUCAAGAACUUGUGCAGGAUUGCGAAAGACGAAGGAAGGAUAAGUGAAAAAGUGCUUGAAAAUGCCUUGUUGGAGACAGAAGAAGGGUUUAUGUCAUUGGUGAGAGGGGCAUUUGAGAGCAACCCGGUGAUUGCUGCAAAUGGGUCAUGCUGUCUGGUGGGCGUGAUCUGGAAAGGGACAUUACUGGUUGCUAACCUUGGGGAUUCUGGGGCUGUGGUUGGCGUUCUCAACAAAAAAACCAAGGAAAUGUUUGCUGAUCAGUUGACCUAUGAACACAAUGCUUCUUCCCCUCAGGUUAGGGAAGAAUUGAAAUCCCUCCAUCCAGAUGAUCCUAAAAUUGUCAUUUUCAAGAACGGUGCUUGGCGUGUUAAGGGCGUCAUCCAGAUAACUCGGUCCAUAGGGGAUGCAUAUCUGAAGAGACAAGAGUUCGCACUCGGGCCAGAGCACCCGAGAUUCCAUCUGGGAGAAGCCCUUACCCGGCCCAUAUUGAGAUCCGACCCGACCGUGUUCAAAAGGCAGCUGACGCCCGAUGACAAGUUCGUCAUCUUCGCUUCGGACGGGCUGUGGGAGCACCUGACGGGUCAACGGGCAGCGGAGAUCGUGCAUGCGAGCCCCAGACCGGGCAUCGCCCGCAGGCUGAUCAGGAUUGCUCUGAGUGAGGCGGCGGCGAAGGCCGGCGGCCUCAGGUAUGACCAGAUCAAGGCCUUGGGGAGGGGGCGGAGGAGGGCCUAUCACGACGACAUCACGGUUGUCGUCAUCUUCGUGGACCACCACGACGGCGGUGGGAGCAGGGUCGUCCCGGGAUUGCAGAUUAAGGGCUCCUCUGUCCGUGCCGAGCCGUCGGAGCUGGCGGGAAUUUCCCUGCCAGGUGGGCCCUCAACAAGCUACAGUGGGCCCUCAUCAAAAAGCUACGGUGGGCCCUCAACACCCUACGGGGGUGAGUCUGACGAACCGCCCCUUUUGAAGGCCACGGUCGACUUUGGUCUUGGUGCUCAAUCUGAUCCAAAGGGAAAAGCUAAAGUUGAAGAGGCUUAGAUAGAAUUCAUUCCCAAAUUCUCAACAUUCUUUUUGUUUGGAUUGCUGCUCAUCUCAUAAACGACAGACAGACAGUAGUAGUACGUAGUAUAGUAUAAUAGUAGACACAUUUUUUCGUAUUCAUUCCAAAAAAUCACAUUCAGUAGUAAUCGGUACAUAUAGAAAAACGGACGU